AAUUUGUCACAGUUGACAGAGAGUGCUUUAUUUCAUACAGAUAAUGAUGAUGAUGAUGAUGAUGAUGAUGAUGAGUUCGAAGAAGCUGGCUUUGAACCUUCCAGUUCUAAAAAUGCCGAAAAGGACUCAUCUACAGGCACAUCUUGUUUCAAGAACAGACUAGAAAGUGCAAGUUUAAGGGAUACGGCUGGUUUUAUAAUAAAUGAUCAGCUCUUUUGCGGGUUUUGUGGAGAUUUGUUUGUGAUUCCUUAUCAGCUUACUUAAAAAAUUACAUUUUGGUGAAUACCUCUAUCUGUAUUUAGUGUGUUUCUAGUGUGUGUGUGCCUCGUACCUCACAAUGUGUGAACAGUUAAUGUUAUAUUACACCUUUGGAUUGCAUUACUGAACUUUUUGAUUACAAUGAUUAAAUGCUGUGCGUUUUUAUCCUUAUUAUGUCGUACAACCGGUUGGUGGUUUCUGAAAAGGUAGUUACUUCAGUUAUGACUUAUGAACAAUAAUUUUGUGAACUGCUUAAAAAAACAUGUUUAUCUGUUUGGAGGUGCAAAAUCCAAUUGAUUCAAUAUACAAUACAUUGACAUGAGAUGUUUCUUUUCUGGAAGAUGUUGACGGGCAUUAUUCUAGAAAUGAGCCAUCAUUCCAGUAUGCUGAAAACAUCCCCUCAAGCUCUCUUGGUCCUAAAAAUGAGCACCAAAGGCCAAAGUGUCAGAGAUAAUGAUUGAACUGAUUCUAAAAAUGAGCCAUCCAGUAUUGGUGAAAUCGUCUCCUUCAAGCAUUCCUGGUUUCAAAAUCAGCAUCAAGGCCAAAGAGUCAGAGAUAAUGAUGAUGAUGACGAAGAAGCUGGCUUUGAACCUUCGAGUUCUGACGGUGCGGAAAUGGACUUGGCUACAGGCACAUCUUGUUUCAAGAACAGACAAGAAAGGGCAAGCUUAAAGGAUGACGAUGGGAGUGUUUCUAGAAAUGAGCCAUCCAGUUGUGCUGAAAACAACUCCUCUUCAAGCUCUCCUGGUUCCAAAAUGAGCACCAAUAGCCAAAGUACAGAGAUAAAGAAUGAACUGAUUCUAAAAAUGAGCCAUCCAGUAUUGGUGAAAACGUCUCCUUCAAGCAUUCCUGGUUCCAAAAUCAGCAUCAAAGGCCAAAGCAUCAGAGAUAAUGAUGAUGAUGACGAAGAAGCUGGCAUUGAACCUUCCAGUUCUAACUGCAGAAAUGGACUCAGCUACAAGCACAUCUUGUUUCAAAAACAGACAAGAAAGGGCAAGCUUAAGGAUAAGACUGGUAAUGAAGGUGAUGGUGACGAAGAAGCUUGCUCUGAACCUUUAAGUUCUAAUGCACUGUUAGAAAAAAGGACACAUCUUCACGCACAUCUGGUUACAAGUACAGAGAAGAAAGGGCAUGUAAGGGGUAAUGAAGGUGGUGGUGACGAAGAAGCUUGCUCUGAACCUGUAAGUUCCAACGCACUGUUAGAAAAGGACACAUCUUCACGCACAUCUGGUGUCAAGUACAGAGAAGAAAGGGCGAGCGUAAGGGGUAAUGAAGGUGGUGGUGACGAAGAAGCUUGCUCUGAACCUUUAAGUUCCAAUGCACUGUUAGAAAAGGACACAUCUUCACGCACAUCUGGUUACAAGUACAGAGAAGAAAGGGCGAGCGUAAGGGGUAAUGAAGGUGGUGGUGACGAAGAAGCUUGCUCUGAACCUUUAAGUUCCAAUGCACUGUUAGAAAAGGACAAAUCUUCACGCACAUCUGGUUACAAGUACAGAGAAGAAAGGGCGAGCGUAAGGGACCCUGAAUCUUCUGACACAGACCAUGAUGUGCCAGUAAGACAACCACAUGCAAACCCUGGGCCGUCCACAACUGUAACCAUGUCGGGUCAUCCCAAGAGGCUUCAGAAACUCGGUGAAGACCAGAGUCAUCUUUUGAAGACGCUGUUCAAAACGAAUAUUGCGUUGAGGAAGGAGCCUAAGCGUGAAGACUGUGAAAGAGUAAUGCAAAAAUAUGAAAUUCUACACAGAUUGUCAUGGAAAAAAAUUAAAAAACACGAUUCAUAACUGGAUUACUGCUGAAAAGUGAAAACAAAAAUGAUUUAAUAGCAUUUUAGCCCACCUGCGCACAAUGUUCUCAUGGUGAGCUUUUGUGAUCGCUUUUUGCCCGUUGUCCAUCUUGCGGCAUCAACAUUUGCCUUGUUAAUAUUCUAGAGGUCACAUUACUUGUCCGAUCUUCAUGAAAUUUUAUUUGACGAUUUGUCCCAAUGAUAUCUUGGAAAAGAUUACAAAUGGUUUCGGUUGGUUGAAAAACAAUAAUUUACACGCCAUAUACUCCAUACUUAAAUCAAUAUUGUUAUAUGCAAAGCAGCAAUGCUUAAAAGAAAUAAUACAAAAUUGGGAGGGGGCAUUACUCGUAUGAAAACAAGAUGGUGGUAUUUGUUAUAAACACGUGUAAAACAGUUGGAUUUUUCUGGCCAAAGACAACUAUUCAUACGACCAACUUCUUAAUUUUUGCAUAGCUCGUCAUAUUGAUUUCCAUUCAGAUUUACUUCAGAAAAAAUCUAUUUCAUAUCUCUGAUGCCAGAGCUAUACAUAUGUUUAUAAGAAGAGUAAAUCUGAGAUCCGUUUUCAUUUAUGAUAUUUGAAAUGGCAUGUUUAGACGAAGAUUCUCUACAAUUUUCUACAUAAAUAUAUAUAUAUAUUUUUUGUAAAAAUAGUUUCGGUUGGUUGAAAAACAGUAAUUUACACGCCAUAUACUCUAUACUUAAAUCAAUAUUGUUAUAUGCAAAGCAGCAAUGCUUAAAAGAAAUAAUACAAAAUUGGGAGGGGGCAUUACUCGUAUGAAAACAAGAUGGUGGUAUUUGUUAUAAACACGUGUAAAACAGUUGGAUUUUUUCUGGCUGAAGAUAACUAUUCAUACGACCAAAUUCUUAAUUUUUGCAAAGCUCAUCAAAUUGAUUUCCAUUGUAGAAUUUACUUUAGUUCGGAGUUGCGAACCGAAUUGACCAUGUUUUUGUUAGCAAGUAACACUGUACAACAAGGUCUAUUUUUUCUCCACUCUCAAUAACAUGUUUUACUUACUCUGCAAUAGUUUAUGAGUUACUAAAUUCCUUUGAAACAUUGGACCAUUUUCUUUAUUAACAGAUCAUACUUGCACAAUUGUUGUUAUGUUUUCUUUAUGGUUAAGGCAUUGUGACAUGUAUAUUAAUUUGAUUUUUAUGGCCCCCGAUAGAGGGCAUAUAGUGAUCGGACCGUCCGUCUGUCUGUCUGUCUUUCCGUCACACUUUGCGUUUAGGUUUUGCAUUUAGGUUUCAAAAAAUGCUCAUAACUUCUAUGUCCCUUCAGAUAGCAACUUGAUAUUUGGCAUGCAUGUGUAUCUCGUGGAGCUGCACAUUUUGAGUGGUAAAAGGUCAAGGUCAUCCUUUAAUGUCAAUGGUCAAAUAUAUCACUUCAAAGCGGCGCAGAAGGGGCAUUGUGUUUACGACAAACACAUCUCUUGUUUCCAGAUGAUAUUGUCUGAACUUGACAUUAGUUCUAUGUGUGAUGAUUAAAGCAUUGUGUCAUGUAUGAAGAUAUUUUGCUUAAAUGUUUUCAUGUUGUGGUAUUCACUCUUCUAUAUACUUUGUGUCAGAAGAAAUUAAGUCUUUGAUUUUUAUAAUAUACAAUUGUAAUUAGAUUUUUUCCUGAUGAUAUUCUGAACUUGACAUUUGUUCUAGGUGGGAGGGUUAAGGCAUUGUUUCAUGUAUGAAUAUAUUUUGCUUAAACGUUUUCAUGUUGUGGUAUUGACUCUUCUAUAUAAUUUGUGUCUGAAGAAAGUAAGUGUUUGAUUUUCAUAAUAUACAUCUAUAAUUUGAUUUUUUAUACGCCCGUUUUUCAAAACGGGACGUAUUAUAGUUUCACCCUUGGCGGGCGGGUGGACGCCGCCGGUGGGUGGACGGGCGGUUUCCACUGCAGUUUCUGCUCUCUAUUUCAAAUAGUUUUCAUCUGAUCUUCACCAAACUUGGUCAGAAGUUGUAUCUAGACAAUAUCUAGGUUAAGUUUGAAUAUGGGUCAUGUCGAGUCAAAAACUAGGUCGCGGGGUCGCUUAGUGCAUUUCAGUAUUAAGUAUAGUUUCCGCUCUCUAACUGAAGAAGUUUUCAUCCGAUCUUCACCAAAUUUGGUCAGAAAGUGUAUCUAGACAAUAUUUAGGUCAAGUUCGAAUAUGGUUUAUGCUGGGUCAAAUACUAGGUCACGGGAUAACCAAGUGCAUUUCAAGGAUUUAGCAUGGUGUCCGCUCUCUUAAUUGAAGUAGUUUUUUUUGUGUACAUGAUAUUUAGGUAAAGUUCAAAUAUGGGUCAUGCCGGGUCAAAAACUAGGUCAUGAGGUCACUUAGUGCAUUUCAAGCAUUUAGCAUGGUGUCUGCUCUCUAAUUGAAGUAGUUUUGAUCCGAUCUUCACCAAAUUUGGUCAGAAGUUGUGUCUAGAUGAUGUCCAAAACCUUCAAAAGGGCGUAUCCUAUGACAGUUUGGCACUCUUGUUUCCAGAUGAUAUUGUCUGAACUUGACAUUGUUCGAAGUGUAAAUACAUUUUGAAACUACUUUUUGUCAUAAAAAUGUUUGGGAGUAUUUUUUGGAGGAAUAAACUGUUUUAAAUCGA